AUUGCAAUUAGACCAUCAAAGGAACUUAUAAUUAACCACCCCAACUACAAUCAGAACAUUCAUACCCAUUAGAGAAGAUUGAUACUAACCACUUUUCUACCUUGCCUAUCAUCAACAUCACGAACAAUGAAAUUCCUCAAUACUAUAGCAGUUUGCAUUAUAGGCUUAACAGCAUCAGUCACAGCAUCAAUAUCAUCACCAUCAACUGCAAAUGUCAUACCGAUCGAUAACACUCAAUUUGAAAUAUCUGCCAUGUGGGAAGAUUUCGUCAAUACUCAUUUUGAACAAGAUGACCUUAAUAUGAUAUAUGAAAUGUUUGAAGAUAAUAAUGGAGGAUCAGGCUUACAAAAGAGAGAUUAUGAAACUACGGUUGAAUCAAUAUUAAACUUGGUGAAUAAUUCAGGAAUUAUUUGGACAGUAUUGGAUGAAGUUGCAGGUCAUCCUGAAAGAAUUCAAUUUCUUGCUAAUCUUACUGGUAAUUUACUUUCAUACGUUAAUGUUUCAUCCCUCAAUUUCGGAUCUCUUUUAUCAGUUGCAACUGAUGUUAAUGCAACUGGGUUAAUUAAAGCUGUUGAACAAUCAGGAUUAAUCUCUUCAUUGUUAGAUGGAAUCUUAUUAGAUGAUAGUUUCCGUCCUGUAUUAGUCAAUAUAAUCUAUAGAGUUGUCAAAUCCCAAGAAAAUACUCUUUUAUUCAUUAUUGAUGGUGUCUUCCAAAAGAGAGAUUUAAAUGCUUUAGAAAUUUCAGAUGAAGAAUUUGCUGCAUUAGUUAAAAGAGCUUCGGAUGAUUAUGCUGGAACUUUAUUAGACUUUGCUGGUAAUAUUGCUAGCAAAGUUUUAAGUUCAAAUCUUUUUGUUAAUCUUACUGGUGAAGUUUUAGAUGCAUUAAAUGAAACUCAAUUCUUAACUUAUACUGUUAAGAGAUUCUUAGCUGAUGAAGCUUAUCAAAAUAUGACUGCUUUAUUAAUUAAAGAUAUUAUUAGUUCUGGUGAUAUUAAAAUCAGUUUAAGUAGUCUUAAUAUUACUGCUCUUGUCAGUGCAGCUGUUAGUAAACCACAAUUAGUUGCUACAUUUAUUGGAGGGUUAUUAUCAGGUAAUGUUCCAUCAUCAGUUACUAGUUCAUUAGGUAAAUAUGCUGGUGCUGUCAAACAAAUCAUCUUGGAUUUACAAAAUACUGGACUUUUCCAACAAUUGAAUAGUUAUAUAUUUGGAUCAACAACUACUACUCUGGGAGCUACCACAACUCAAGGUAGUAAUAACAAUAAAGAAGCUGCUAUUACUUCAUCAACAUUGAGUACUGUGUUAAGUACCAGUGCAGCACAAACUAGUACUCCAGCCACUACAUCAUCUAAAGCUGCUGGAGAAUCAUUAAAUUCAGCAUCUGAAACCAAUAUCCCAAUUAUCAAGGCAUUAUUCUAUAUUCAAUCCUUGGUUUUUGGAGGAGCUUUAUUCAUGAUUUGAUUUCAAUCAAUUAAUACCCCCACCCAAAAGGAUUAGACUGACUCUACCAAUCUUCCAUAUCAUUUUUUAUUAAUUAUUUAUUAACUA